AGAUAGUAUUGUAUUUGUCUCGCAAUCACUCCCAUAAGUGUUGUGUUGUGACCGUCCCGCCCAGCCUAUGUUGCAUCUCUCUUGAACCAAUCGAUCCAAUCCGCCCCCAUUUUCUAGGGUUUCUCAAUACACGUUUCUUCACACACACACCUAUACAUACACGCUUGUACGUAUACAUCCCCGUGUUUUGCAGAUCGGAGAUUCAUUCAUUCGCUUCUGUAGAUUUGAUUUUCAUUCUUCGAGAUGUUUUGGCGUAUGACCGGCUUGUCCACAGCGUCUCCUGUGGACACAAUCUUGGAUAAGGAUAAUUAUACAUUGGAGGAGCUUCUGGAUGAGGAUGAGAUAAUCCAAGAGUGCAAAGCUAUUAAUAGCCGCCUUAUUAAUUUUUUGCGAGAAAGAGCCCAGAUAGAACAACUCGUCCGUUACAUAGUGGAAGAAGCCCCUGAGGAUGCUGAAAAAAGGCGAACUUUCAAGUUUCCUUUCAUUGCUUGUGAAAUUUUUACUUGUGAAGUUGAUAUCAUACUCAAAGCAUUGGUCGAGGAUGAUGGGUUGAUGGACUUGCUAUUCUCCUUCUUAGAACCAGAACAUUCACACAGUACUCUUCUUGCGGGCUACUUCAGCAAGGUUGUUGUAUGCCUUUUGCUGCGGAAGACUGUUUCUUUAAUGAAUUAUAUUCGAGGCCAUCAGGACAUCAUAAAGAAACUGGUUGAUCUUAUUGGGAUCACAUCCAUUAUGGAGGUUUUAGUUCGGCUGAUAGGUGCUGAUGAACAUCUUUAUACCAACUACGUGGAAUCAAUGCAGUGGUUAGAAGAAACAGAUGUGCUAGAAAUGGUUGUGGAUAAGUUCAGCUCAUCUGAUUGUCCUGAAGUGCAUGCUAAUGCAGCAGAAACACUUUGUGCUAUAACUCGGUAUGCUCCCCCUGGACUAGCUGCUAAAAUCUCCGGCCCAAGUUUCAUUGGAAGGUUGUUCCGACAUGCCUUAGAAGACUCACGUCCUAAAUCUGUUUUGGUACAUUCACUGUCUGUCUGCAUAUCGUUGUUGGAUCCCAAGAGGCUUUCACUAGGGACAUAUUAUUCAUACAAUCGUCAAAUGACACAUGGAUCCGUAGUAACUGCUAAUCCUGAGACCGUGGAAGGCAUGUUGGAAAGCUUAGGCAACCUCCUCAAGCUUUUGGAGGUCUCAUCGGAGGAAAACGUGCUGGCGACGACAUACGGGAGGCUGCAGCCACCGCUGGGAAAACAUCGUCUGAAGAUUAUUGAAUUCAUCUCAGUCUUAGUGACUGUCAGUAGUGAAGCUGCCGAGAAGGAACUGAUUCGCCUUGGGGCAAUUAAUCGUAUUUUAGAACUAUUUUUUGAGUACCCAUACAAUAACUUCCUGCACCACCAUGUAGAACAGAUAAUUUUGUCUUGCUUAGAGAGCAAAAAGGCUCCACUUAUAAAACAUCUUAUCCAUGAUUGUAAUCUUGUUGGAAAAAUUCUCGAAGCUGAGAAGAAUUCGACACUAAACAUCGAUGUGAAAAAGCCAACUGUUCCUGCUGAAGGGAGAUCACCACCGAGAGUAGGAAAUAUUGGACAUAUUACUCGAAUAUCAAACAAGCUUGUUCAAAUGGGAAGUAACAGUGACAUCCAGACAUUGUUGCAGGAAAAUAGUGAAUGGUCAGAUUGGUAUGCCAAUGUUCUGCUGAAGCGCAACACAUUAGAAAAUGUCUAUCAAUGGGCUUGUGGGAGGCCCACAGCUUUACAGGACAGGACUAGAGACAGUGAUGAUGAUGAUUAUCAAGACAGAGAUUAUGAUGUUGCAGCCCUAGCAAACAAUCUUAGCCAGGCUUUUAGAUAUGGCAUAUAUAACAAUGACGACAAUGAAGAGGCUCAUGGCUCACUGGAACGUGAUGACGAGGAUGUCUACUUUGAUGAUGAAUCUGCCGAAGUUGUAAUUUCAUCCCUUCGGCUAGGAGAUGACCAAGAAAGUGGAUCCCUCUUUACAAAUUCCAACUGGUUUGCUUUUGAGGAUGGGAAAACGGGUAAUGAGGGCAUGACUGGUGUUGCUGCUUCGCCUUCACCAAAUACUGAGGACCCCGAUGUUACUGAUGGGGUAGUCAAUGAUAAGCUUAUUGGUGAUGGUUCAGCAGAUUGUGGAACAUCUGAGGUACCUACAGAAAAGACCACAGAAAAUUCAUCGCUUGGUGAUUUGUCCAAGGACUUGAAAGAAUCAGCAGCAACUGAGAUUGAAAAGCCACCUGAAUGGGUAGAAUGGAGGGAAAGCUCUGAUUCGCUUGAACCAACUGAGAAAAAUAUAGAUUCUGCAGUCUCUUCCACUGCAGCUACCAGUUCUGCCGAAAUAUCCGAUGCAGCAACCAAUUCUCCUGAAUUAUCUGAGGCAGCUGCCAAUAUUGAUCCACAUGAUUCAGUUCCAGAGUCUGUUGAACAGACUGAUGCAACUACGGUACCUGUUGCACCAUCUACUGAUAUUAGUGAACUCUCAAGUGUUGAUACUCCCCCAGCUUUGCCAAAUGAUGAGUCUGAAGUUGAGCUAAAAUCUGGUGACAGUGAUUCUUCAUUCGGUAAGGCAGAUGAUUCUCCAUCAUCCACUGGUCAGACAAUUGAUGUGGAGAAAAGUAAUACCGGAGGAUUGCCAGAACCAGUAGCUUCUGAUACUUCACCCCCUGUCUGUCAACCGUCAGAAGGAGAAGAGGUUCCAAGCUCCUUGAGCAAUGUUGAUAAACCUGCCGAGACAGAAGCAGUCACUUCAGGAGCUGCAGAACUCGAAGUAGAAAAAUAAGCUGCCUGUAAAUAUGAAUUAUCAAAUUCAUUUCACUCGGGCUUCUCUGUUAUAGUGAAUACGGCAUAAAUCGAGUUUGAAAAGGAACUGCAGUUAAUGGAAUUCUGUUUCAUAGUCAGAUGUAAUUUUCUGAUUCUUACUGUACAUUGGCUCUAUAGUCAGAUAGUGCUGAUCAUUCUUUCCCCAACUCCUAGGUUGCUGGCAGCUUUGUAUCUUGCCCCUUCGUUUGAGGAAAAAUAUGAAGGGCAGAUUGGUAUACAAAGAUUUUAUUGCAAAUGAUUACAUUUUGUUCUA